CGCAUAGUCACAGCUGAGAACUUCUUCGGCUUAACGGUGGUUUCAGACAAUGGUCCCCUCAGUGCAAAUCUCGGAGGGUUCUAAAUUACUACCCACGGGCGUCACACUCCAAUUUGACAUGUAUUAUCCGAGACCAGAGCUGGAUUCCAAGAAAUUGGCGAUCAUCUUGCAUCCUUGGUCACGGCUUGGGGGCAACAUGCAUGAACCGACUGUGGAGGUGCUCACUAGAUUAUUGCAAGACAAGAACUACUACGUGAUACGGUAUAAUUCACGAGGGGUCGGCAAGUCCACUGGAUGGCCUUCCCUUACAGGCAAAGCGGAGGGCGAGGAUCUCAAGGCUCUCGUUCAUGAGGUCUUGGCAGAGGAACCCAAAAUUGAUUCUUUGACAAUUAUUGGAUAUUCCUAUGGCUCUAUGAUAGCCUUACUCCAUCCCGUUUUGAACCCCAAAGUGAAAACAUCAUACAUACUACUAUCCUACCCCAUCAGCCUAAGAGGAUUACUGACCAUGUUCCACACUGGCAUGUACAGUUCGGCGUUACGUGACAUCUUGUGCAACCCUGAUGCCAGACUACUUGUCAUAUACGGAGACAAGGACGAGCUCACGAGCAAGUCAAAAUAUGACAAGUGGGUUAAUACACUCAGGCAAACAGAUGGUUUGAAGGCUAAGUUUGAUGUUGUUCCGGUGAUGGAUGCAAAUCACUUCUGGCGAAGUGAUGGCGCUAGAAUUGCGUUACAGCAGGCUGUUGACAGCUGGAUAUCAUGAUUGGCUAUGAUCAUGUCAAUCGCUGCCUCUAUAUAUUUUAUCUUGUAUUGUUACUGCUAUAGUCAUGUCUCGUCGUCGUCCUUGUUUCCAACGUUGUUUGCCCAGCAAUUGUAUAUUUGGUGCUACCAAAAUCGGAUCAAGUCACUCAUCAAG